GUCCAGCCUAGAAAACCCAACUCCAGCCCUAGAUAACCAACUCUGGCCUGAAUAACUCAAGUCCAGUGUCUUACCCCUAUCUCUGGUCCAUUCUGGCCUCCCGGCCUUGUGCUGCUCCACCCUGGUCCUCCCAGGUCCAUGUCCAGGUCACCUGGACAUAACUCUGGUCUCUUGUAUGGAAACUGUAGUUCAGUUGAAGUUCACACAGUUCUCUUGUUUGACAAGUGGUGCACAAGUUCAGCACAAGGCCUGGCAGCAUGUCAGGGAUUGAACAUGCCACCUGAUCAUCUGAAUGUAUGCUGUGCCCUGCUGCAGCAAAUCUUGGUCCUUCUCCAGACACUUCUGGCCUUGUUGGCUGAGCUGAUUGGUUCCAGCAUGCACAGAGACCCAAUACCAUACCACACCUCCAGACUCUCUGGAGAAAUGUGGGUCCAGGAAGUCUUGACUGGUCAUCCUGAUCAUAUCUGCUGUGAGUUUGGUAUGAGUGAGGAGGUUUUUGUUGAGCUUGUUGAGGAGCUUUGAGGUAUUGGUCAUAAAAGCUCAGAGUUUGUUACCCUGGAGGAAGAGCUUGCAAUUUUCCUGUAUACAUGUGUAACUGG